UGAAAUCAUGCCGAAGCACGUGGAGGUAAGGAUGCAUGAAAGCCACCUGGAGCCCAUCGAGGCGAGGCCAAGCUCCAAAUUAAGAACAAUAUGUCAGAAGAUGUGCAAGAACCUGCUGCUCACGCUGACUGUGAUGGGUGUGAUUUUGGGAGCUGUUUCUGGUAUGCUGCUGCGUGUUGCUUCUCCGAUCGAUGACAACAUUGUCAUGGUAAUUGCCUUCCCUGGAGAUAUUCUAAUGAGGAUGCUAAAAAUGCUCAUCCUUCCCUUAAUCAUCUCCAGCUUAAUCACAGGUCUCGCUGGUCUGGAUGCAAAGUCAAGUGGUCGUCUGGGAUCCAGAGCCAUGAUUUAUUACAUGACCACUACUGUCAUUGCUGCUGUGCUGGGGGUCAUCCUGGUGCUCCUCAUCCACCCCGGAAACCCAAAACUCAAGGAGAACCUAGGAGAAGGAGCCAAGAAUGAUGAGGUUUCCAGUCUUGAUGCCUUUUUUGACCUUAUCAGAAACCUCUUCCCUGAGAACUUGGUUCAGGCUUGCUUCCAGCAGAUCCAGACCGUGGUGAAGAAGGAAGAAGUUCAACCUGAUUUCGAUGACACCAACAGCACUGACUAUCUGUCCAAUGCCACCAAACCACCCCCUAUUUUCACAGACAAGAAAUCUCUCCAGUACAAGAGCGGAAUGAACGUGCUGGGUAUAAUUGGAUUCUUCAUUGCUUUUGGUAUUUGCAUGGGCAAGAUGGGAGAGAAAGCUAGGCUCAUGAUUGACUUCUUCAACAUACUCAAUGAGAUUGUGAUGAAGCUGGUUAUCAUGAUCAUGUGGUACUCUCCCUUUGGCAUUGCCUGCUUGAUCUGUGGAAAGAUCAUCUCUAUCAAAGAUCUGGAGGUGGUGGGCAGGCAGCUGGGGAUGUACAUGGUGACAGUUAUUAUUGGUCUGAUCAUCCAUGGUGCCAUAUUCCUGCCAUGCAUCUACUUUGCAAUUGUACGGAAAAAUCCCUUCUCGUUCUUCAUGGGCAUCUUCCAGGCCUGGAUCACGGCUCUGGGCACAGCCUCUAGUGCCGGCACUCUGCCCGUAACAUUCCGGUGUCUUGAGGAAAACCUUGGUAUUGACAAGAGAGUUACACGUUUUGUGCUUCCUGUUGGAGCAACAAUUAACAUGGAUGGAACAGCCCUCUAUGAGGCUGUGGCUGCCAUUUUUAUUGCCCAGAUGAAUGGAAUUGUUUUAGAUCCUGGUCAAAUCGUCACUGUCAGUCUUACAGCAACCCUUGCCAGUGUUGGGGCAGCUAGUAUCCCCAGUGCUGGACUGGUCACCAUGUUGCUCAUUCUGACGGCCGUUGGACUUCCUACCCAAGACAUCAGUCUGCUGGUGGCUGUUGACUGGCUUCUGGAUCGUUUCCGUACCUCAGUGAAUGUAGUUGGAGACUCAUAUGGGGCUGGCAUCAUCUACCAUCUGUCCAAGGCAGAGCUGGAUGCUCUGGACGCCCAACAUGCAAAGUCUGAUGACAUAGAGAUGAUGACCAAGACCCAGACCUACUAUGAUGACCUCAAAAACCAUCAUGAAAACAACUCCAACCAGUGCGUGUAUGCUGCUCAAAAUUCAGUCUUAUUAGAUGAUUGCAAGGUAACCUUGGCAGCCACAAACGGCUCAACUGCGGAGUACACACUCGUUGAAGAAGACCCUUGGAAAAAUGAUUAAUGCAAGCACCCCAAAAGAGAGAAAGACAACCUGUAUUCAUGCACAUAGAACAAAUGGGUUUUGUAGUUUAUUUGUAUGGUUUCUAUUCUUUUCUAACAUGUUUAACAAUAUUAUAUUGUCUCAUGUAACACAAGAAUGUGAGCCAAAAGCUCACACAUGCAGCUGACAUAAUGUUGUUGAGGCAGUUACAUCAAUUAUUUGUGAUGCUUGUAUGUGUGUAUAUAUAUAUAUAUAUAUAUAUAUAUAUAUACAUACAUAAACUUCCAUAUGUAUGUAUUUUUAAAAAAGGGUAAAAAUGUGAAUUGAGGGAGAACAGACAGAUAACAAAGCUUCUUGCAGAGCCUUCGCUCACUGCUGUUAAUAUUAUGCCUUUGGCCUCACGCUGAACUAGCACGACAGCAUAGCACCUCUCGGUCCUCCUCUCACACACAGAUGGAAGAUGCGUUUAUUUCAAGAGCCUCCUCCCCUUGAGCUGCUUUUAUCACAUCGCUCACAGGAGUGGGGGGUUUCUGUCAAGGAAACAGAUGGUAGGGUGUUUCUCGUAUGUAUGUUGGUGAAUCAGUGGCACAAGAGCACAAAACCCAUUCAGGCCAUUAUAUUUACCAUUUCAGAUCUUACAAGAGCCCUUUUUUGUCAUCCAGAUGUACUGAAAUAGGCAAUUCAUGUCCUACUUUUAGUUCACGAAAAAGUACAAAUUGUCUUUUUAUUUUGUACAACCCAAACAUACAGUGAACAUUCAGCUGAUGGCUUCAGUGUUAAAAAUCAUCAACCUUUGAGAUAACAGAAGUGCAUCUUUUCAAAUAGCAUGGCUGUUUUUAUAUGAUUUGGUGUGGUGUGUGCUAAACCCGGACUGGCAUUAUUAACCACAUUUUGAUUAUU